AUGAAUAUGACAGAAGAAACAAUCGAUAUAAGAAGAUAUCUAGUCAAACGAUCGAGUAGUGAAAGUUCGGAUUCGAAAAUCUUAGAUUUCUGUCAAUUGUUUCGUUUAUAUUCAAGUAUCAUACUUGUUAUUGUUGGUAUGAUCGGCUCGAUGCUCUCGAUAAAAGUGUUCUCAUCAACAAAAAUUCGACGGAAUUCAUCUAAUGAAUAUCUCAUUACAAUGAGCUUUGUGGUUGCAUUAUUACUAUUUAAUUACUUCUGUGAUGAAGUUCUUCGAUCGAUUGUACGUGUUCAUGAUGUUAAAUUACCAAUAAAUCUUGUUGAUUUAUCGGGACCACUCUGUAAAUGCUCAACUUAUCUCCGUCAUACGUUACGUUUUGCCGCUCAUUGGAUAGUUGUUGCAUUCACACUUGAACGUCUCAUUGUUGUCUAUUUUCCGCUUCAAACAUCUGUUCUGUGUAAUCCACGCAGUGCUCGUCGAAUAUGUCUAUUCAUACUUAUCAUAUCAUUUCUCUUACCGUUUUAUUCAUUUCUCAUGUCCAAUGUAAAUAGUGACGAGAAAAAUGAACUUUCCGAAUGUGAUAUUAUGAAUGAAUAUAAAGCAAUUUAUUUUUAUCUAACGAUUAUCUACGGAAAUUUAACUUUAACAUUUCCAAUUCUCAUUGUGAGCAUCGUUAAUAUUCUAACAGUUCGACAAUUACUACGCGCUGGACGUUUACGAAAGAAACAACAACAGCAACAACAAUUAAGUCAAACGAAAAAAGUCGAUAGUGCCAAUAAUGAAUAUGUAAAUAUGAUUAUGAAGAAUCAAUUGGAAAACGACAAAGUAACCUGGAUGCUCGUUGUUAUUUCAAUCACAUUUGGGAUUUUGAAUUUUCCAUAUUUUAUCCUUUGGCUAGUUACGUGUAUCAUGCGUGUGCGAGGAGACACGCCGCCAAUCUAUGUUGAAGCAGGCCGGAUGAUUGCUGAAGUCUUCUAUUUACUCAAUUAUAGUCUAUAUUUCUUUCUCUAUGUCAUCUCAAGACGAACGUUUCGAAAAGUUUUAAUCGAAAAAAUGCGUUGGCGAUGCGAUUGGUUCGAACAAUGGCGUUUGUACGAGAUGCGCGUGGACGCUGCCAUUCGUUCUCAACAAAUGUCUCGACAGGAGACCGUACGUAAAGAAAGUACCGUGCUCGAACAUCGCACAUCAAUGACAAAUCUACGUCCAAGUUCGUCACGUCGACUUCUAACAGCAGAGACAGAGCAGAACGAAGAACUGACAACAUCUAAUACAAAUAUCGCAAGCCAUAUGAUCACAUCGGAAAGGACCAGUGGUAUCUAUUCGUAUGAUUUUGGAAAUACCUUUUCUGCUAUCUGUAUACUGGCUUACAUAUCGAAAACUAAUCGUUUCGACGCGGACGAUUAUUCCGAAUCGGCGUUUUUUACUUCAUUCAGUGAACAAUUUCAUCACAAGAAAAGCUCGAUACAAAAAUUGACGACAUGUUCACAGAACGAGGUUAUCUGUUUUUCCAAGAAUAACCCGCUUAAUUUUUCCAGAAAGAAGAUACACGAGAAUGUUCUACCAUUUUAUUUAUUACCAGCAAAGGUUAUUACUAACAGAAAUGCCAUUCAUUCAGUGGCAACAAAGAAAUUGCAUGGCUUAGAUCCGUCAAACCAAAUAGCACAAGCACAGUCGACAAAUUUGAUUUUGAUCGAACGGAAACAAUUGCAAUCGAUAACAGAGAGCGUGACGAAUAUUGAAUUCAGUCCCAAUGAUUUAAAAUCGUCAGUGAAAAGCGCCUAUCACAUUCCUAGUCCAACUAUUCUCCUACCUGGUGAACUUUCUCCUUCACCAAAAUCUAUUAUAAACAGUAAUACAGUUGUGAAUAAACUACAACGAUCGACUCCGACCGAAAGUAACCGCAAUUUAAUGAUCUUCAAUCAACCUACACCAUCAUUCCAUCGACAAAAUCGCUCGAUCGAUCAUAUCGAUGCUGAUAAAAUUUCUCUAUCCAGCAUCAAUGUUGCUAAUCUAAAUCAACCAAUAUCACCGUCACAAAUAUCAUUGCUUAAUACAACUAUUGUAUCUCCGCAUGACGAAUUCAAUUUACAUAAGUCGAACCAUCUUAGUGUUUCAGUAUCACCACACGUCUUCCCCAUCAAACAAGUCGCUGUUGUGGUGCCACGAUUCGUUGAUAAACCAUCACUUUCCAAUAGAUCCCUCUACAGUCCGAGAAUUUCAUUGUCACAAAUGAUCAAUGAUCUUGAUGAAAUCUAUCAGAGUAAUCCAGCAUCGACAUUAUCUCAAGAUUUCGAAUCACUUCCAUUGAAAUCGUAUCACGAAUCAACGAGUCAAUUUGAAAUGACACCAGAUAUUCCACUAUACGAUCCUUCACCUCAAGUUAAAACGCAUUCUGAAAUUAAAUAUCAACCCGAAUCUCUAUGGAAAAUGAAGUUCACACUGAAAACGUUACUAUCGAUGGCAAAUAGAGACGAUGCUCAAGCUUUGAAAGAUCGUAAACCUAUUGAUUAUCACAUGUUUUUAACAAAUAAGUUCAAUAAGAACUCUAUCUUUCAUUACACCGAUUUGAAGGACGGAAAAUCAACUACGCAUGUCAAAACGCAAUCGAAUGAACAAAAUGCAAAGGAGAAUCGAAAAUUGUAUCGACGCUUGCUAGGAACGAUGAGUUUGCGUAAACCGGUGAAUAUCAAAAAAGUCGAAUCGGUCACGUCGUUGAAAAAGAUAAAGACAAAACGUGUACGAAGCACAAAACGAUCAAUUCCGCAGACAUCUGUAGAAAGUUCGAUUUCACAUCCGAAAAAUACUCGAAAUGAGCAACCCGUACUGAUCAAUUAUCAGAUCGUACCUAUCUCUUCACUCUCACGAUGA